ACAUUAGCGUUUUGACGUUGACGUCGUGCUUCCGACGUUAUAUACUCGAUAUUAUACGAAGCGCUUUCUCCAUUUGCUGAAGAAAUUAAUCAUAUUGUAGCCAUGAACCUCGCGCUGCAUGGAUUUUUGCUGCAGGUUUUCGUGUCGAUUCUCGACUUUCGUCAUGGCCGUUUGUUAUGCAGCGCGGGGGAACCUGGCUAUCUGGACUUCGACAACCUGCCGGAGACGAAUUUCUCGUGUCAAGGAAAGGUGAUCGGCGGAUACUACGCGGACGUCGAGGCGGGCUGUCAAAUGUUUCACGUCUGCACCAUCGGCCAGAAAGACGAGAUUAUGGACAUAAAAUUCCUCUGCCUGAACGGGACCGUCUUCGACCAGGAGACCAGAGUCUGCGAGAGGGUUGACGAGGUCGACUGCAGCAAGAGCGAGCGAUUCUACAAUCUGAAUCUGGAGCUCUACGGCAAUAACGCUGUGACGCUCAGCUUGCACGAGAACGGCGAGGACGAGGACGACCUGACGAUUGAUUCGGUGGAGGAUCAUCAGCUGCGAACCACCUCGGCGCGGCCCAGCACGACCAGCACGACCAGCACGACCACGUCCCGGCCCAGCAAACCGUCCACCACGGCCGCCAGCGGCGCCUUCCAGCAUCCGGCCGGCUAUCCGCAGCACUAUCAACCGCAGCCGCCGUUCCCGCAGGUGCACACGAGCCAGUCCAAGUCGCUGUACGACGACAAGAACGGCGGCUACCAUCAUCAGUACAUCUUCCACAACGGCGGCGAGCGCGCCAGCAAUCAGGCCACGUCCUACCAAUUGUUCAGCAAUCAGGGCGGCGUGAGCUCGACGACCGUGCCGCCGGCGCCACCGCCGCCGCCGCCGCCGCAGAUCCACCAGAUCCGGUACAGCUCGACGGUGGGUCCGCCACCGCAGAUCAUUCACAGCGAGCCGUCUACCGUGACGCCGUUGUUCCACGCGACGUCCUCCACGAUACAGACGCUGCUCAACAGCAACGUGAACAACCCGGCGGCCUUGAUCAACCCCAUCUUUCACAAUCACGGGAUCGCGAGCACGACCGAGUUUACCGUCCACAGCAACAAUCCGCGCGAGACCACCGACUACCGCGACGACGGCGAUCAGGAGCAAGAUAUAAGGACAUUGGAGGCCAUACAGUCGGCGAACAAGGGCAAGAUUUCUAAGCUGACGAUAUCUCCGGUGCCGAGCAAGCAAGAAUCGUCUCGAAUAAUACAGACGAAAACAAGUCAAACGUCGCAGCAGCAACAGCAGAGGAUAUCCGGCAACUUCCUGCCGACGCCAGCCACCAUCGAGACAACCGUCAGAUCGUUCUAUCCGACGCCGAGGCCUUCGUCGAAGCCCCCGUCGCAGUCGGUCACUCACCAGGUUACCCAGCACAUUCACGUGCCGGACGUGACGCGGCUCAAGCCUCAUCAGAUCACUAUAAAUCUACCGCCACCGGAUAUCCAGAGAAUCGUGCAGAAUCCGUCGCCUCUACUGCCCUCGCAGUCCCGGGUGAUCGUCACGGCGAAGGCGAGCGUGAGCGAUGAGUCCGGCAGACCCCUAAACACCACGCAACUGGUGACGUUGCCGUUGCCGACUAUACCGGCCAGCUACGACGACUACAAGGAGGGCGACGAGUCGUUCGAUCCCUUUUACCGCGACGUCCCGAAAAUUCGCAAGAAUCGCCAGAACGCGAUGGAAAAAAUACGAAUUAUGCGCGGAAAACGAUCGGUCGAGCAACCAUUUCAUUUCGUUUACGGAGUAGAUAGUCGUCAGGAUAGGGAUUUCAAGGUGAUCCAGAAGAACGAACCGUGUCAGAAUGAAGAUGAUGCGACGCAUAAAGAAAGCGCGCGUGCCCAGAUCAGCAUCGAAGAUUUCCGAGCUAUCAAAGAGAGUCUGAUAAAAUUUAGGGACAUCUUAUUUAGCGAUGAAGUGAAUUCCUCUGGCAAAGAUUUUUCUGAUGACGGAGAAAAUAAAAAUAAUACCGAACGCGUCGAGAUAAGUAGCGAAACUUUCGAUACGCCUGUAAAGCAGACGAAAGAUAAUGCGAUAAGAAAAGUAGAUUAUCUAGAAGACUUGAAAACAGAAGCCUCAAAACACUUGAGUCUAAAUAAGAAUAAAGAUGAAGAAGAGGAGGAUGAGAAAACGAGUCACGGAUAUUCGUCUCCAAAUGUCAAAAUUAAUGCCGAAAAAUCGCUUGAUAAGAGAAUGCACGUUAAGAAAACACCGGAAUUGGAAAUUGAAUUUUACACCGAAUCUACGACUGCUCGUCCUCGGAAGAGCGAAUCCCGGGGAGACGUUAUAGACGUAAUAAUACUCGAUUCCGACAAUGACUCCAAAGUGAAAGCCACGUCCGCGAAGACUGACGCGCCUAUCGAGAUUAUCAUCGAGGAGGAAACGAAAUCCGGCACGCACGACGCACCGAAGACUGACGAGAAAGUUGCGCACAAAGGACAAGUCGCGGGCUACCUGAUACAGGAUGAAUCGGGGAAGCGGUCGAACUCCGUCGCCGGCGAGAGAGAACAAGUGACAGCUCCGCGCGAGACGAUCAAACGGAAGGGUGGUAAGGAUAGCGGAGAACGAAAGCCUGGCACGAGAAGGAAGGUUUCUCGACCGAGGUCGUCGAGAAAACGCAUAUCCUCGAGGAUAAGGCAGCAAAGGACGGGAAACGUCGAAGUGACGGAGGCAAUUCGACAAAAAGAAGAAAUGGAAAGAACGACUACUACUACUACUACCACUACGACUAGUACUACGACUGUUGCUACCACUACUGUUGAUACUACUACUAUUACUUCUACUUCUACUGUUGCUCCCACUACUACCGUGACCCCAUCCGUCGCAGCUUUCGAGACGAAAGUUGCGGAGCAAAUUGACAGUAAUAUUUUCGGGGAGUCUGAGUCGCAAACUUUUAAAGAAGUUGACACGAGGGCAAUCGGGCAACGCGGCGCGACGUACUCGAAGAGCUUGCAGGACGGCAAGAGCCACGAUGCCAGCAGGAGUAAGGACACGGAGCGAUCGUUCGAUCGUCAAAUUGUGGAGGAUCAUACGAAGAGUUCGGGGCUGAGCGCUGAUAAAGUAGAGGAAGGGGAACAGGAAACGGAAUCGACGGAUUAUACGCAGAGCACCGGCGCGGAAGAUACGACCUUAACCGAGAGUCCGCCUAGUGUAAAAGAAACGAGAUCGACAGACGUUACGCACGUCUCUGAAGAAAAGAAAUCUUCCAACAACGAAGAAUUCUCUUCCCAGGAAUACGAAAUUCCGGACGACGAUGAAGCUAACGCGAAUACGAAUGAAGAAGAAACCGAAGAGAGUUUGGAAGACGAUUCUAGCAAGACUUCUUCCGACGAAGUUACGACUUCCCUUGAAGGCAACUCGAGGCAAGAGGAGCCCAAUGGCGAAAACGCAAGCGAGAGAUCGAGCACUGAUAUUUCGGACGAGGAGCAGAGUUCAACCGCGAAUUACAGCGACGAAAUAAAUUCCGAGGAAUUAAACGAUUAUCAGGAUAUAACGGAAUCGUCCGCGGAGAGCACGCGCAGCAUCCAAGAGGAUUACAGGGAGUAUCCGGAAAGUACCGAGAUUCCCACGACGGAUUACACGAAUUCCGAAGAAUACAACGAUUCUCAGGAGGAGGUCACGGGAUCGACCGAGGAGGUCGACAGCAGUACCGAGGGUAUUCUGAAAUUCACGAACGAACUACCGGUAUCGGACGGCAAAGCGGACGCGGAGACAACGGAAGAGACGUCGGCGUUAUCUGACGAAAGCGACACGCACGAUUACAUCGAUGACAAUUACGAACCGGAGAAUUACAAGGAGACAGAAAUUACGACGAAAUCGAACGAAUCCGAGGAGGACAAGGAUGAAGAGAAGAACGACGAGAAGAAGAAAGAUACGUCGGUGAAAGAUUCUCAUGCAAAGAAUAUAGAGCGGAUCGAUGAUAGCGCCGAAGUGGAAACGCAGACGGAGUACGUGGAUGUCACGGAGGAUAUGAAGGGUCUCCAGGAAAUCGCAAGUUUAACCACGACUUCGUCGACCACAACGGCAGCGUUAACCACGACGACGUCGACUACUACGGCGUCGACCACGACAGCGCCGAUCACGACAGCGGCGUUGAGUACAACGGCGUCGACUACGGCGGCGUUGAUUACGGCGGCGUCGUCCACGUCGGCGUCGACCACAACGGAGUCAAUCACAACAACGGCACCGAGCACAACGACCACGAUCACCACACCUCGACCGAAGAUCACCCGUCGACCGACGAUUACCACUCCUCGCCCCACGCCGCCGAAAAUCUUUAAGCCUACCGGUAACAAAAGGAUUUAUGCUUACAUGCCGCCUACGACGACUCCGAAUCCGGUCGUGAUCAAGCCGAGACUGGGCCUGUACAAUCCAAAGCCGGCGAAACCGCCUAGAUCUUAUAACGAAUUGGCGGCGAAACCGAUGAUCAGAAAACUCGUUCUAUCACGAAAACCACCUACCACCACUGCAGCUACUACUACUGUUAUUACUAUUACCGAUAAUUUAAAUACGGAAAAUCCGGAAAUUACGACGGAACCUAUGACGGUGACAACGGCGACGGCGGCAACGACGACAGCAACAACAGCAGCAACGACGAUGGCAGCAACGACGAUCACGGUAGCAACAACGACGACGGCAGCAACGACGACGGCAGCAACGACGACGGCAGCAACGACGACGGCAGCAACGAUGACGGCAGCAACGACGACGAUGACAGCACCGACGACCACGACGACAGCAUCGACGACCACGACGACGGCACCGACGACGACGACGACGGCACCGACGACAAUGAUGACGACAACGGUGGCAGCGACGACGGUGACAGCGGACUCCGGUAGGAGCGAAGAGAACGGCCUCGAGAGCAAACUGGAGGCGAAUGAACAUAUAUCCGAUUCUUCCGCGAAGAACGAUCAAACAUACAAGGAGGAUCAACUUCCGAGUCCGUCUGAGCAGAAUAAUACUCCAGUCAAUUCUUCGAGGGAUCCGGAAACUACUAUCACGAAAAUCGAGGCUUUCACUCCUUACCCUCUGUCUAGAUCGUCCACCCUCGCGGUCCACCCUUCUGGCGAGCGGACGACGAAGAAGGUGGAAGGCGACGUUGAGUCGCAGGAAACGACGGAGGACAUUGAUAUUCCCGUGACGACCGUCCCGCCGAGGACAUCGCCGUCCGAAAGGCCCGAGUACGUUGAGAUCACGCCGAGUACUGAGAAGUACCUCGAAAAAGCGAAGACCACCACAACAGCUUCCACUUUCAAAGCCUAUCAGCAGGCGACCCUCUCCGGUCUCUUCGGUUCCUCCGAUUCCCAACGCGCGACGUCGGUCUCAAUCUUGACGACCGUCUUGCCCAGGGCGGAGGACGCCGAUGUCGAUUCCGAUGCGUCGAUGGAGAUCGCGUCGAUGGAGGUCCUCAGAUCAAGCGGCCGGAAACCCGCGAAGCCGCGGAAGCACCCGAGCUUUAAUUGCCUGGAGAGGGAGAUGUAUCGCUUCUACGGCGACAUCAGGGACUGUCGGUUGUUCCACUAUUGCUCGCCCGGUUUCACCUCGCGGCAGGUGCUGGACUUCCGGUUCGUGUGCGAGGAGGGCACGGCGUUCGACGAGGUGACGCAGAGCUGCCGUCACGACGUGCGCAACCGGAAGUGCCGGAACCGCUCCUGAUGAGAGCGUUUUCCCGCCGCCCCACCGCCGACGGAGAAAGAGGGGACGCUCCGCCGUUUCUCGUCUCCUCCGAAUCCCGUGUUUCGCCUCGAUUCCGUUGAUUUUGGUAAUUCGUGAAUCCUCUAGGACUCCUUAGCGUAUUUAUAUUUUCUUCCUUUCUUCUUAUUAUUUUUUUUUUAACACGCAAUACGUAAGAAUACCCCGAAGAAGAGGGCUCUCCCUCCUUCUCCUAAGCCCAUUGCCAUAGCGCGCCUCGCGCUGGAUUCACACUUAUUAAAGUUAAUGCGUUCCGCUCGACUCGCGAUCGUCGAUCGGAUCAGAGAAGGAAGCGAGGAGGCACGUCGUCGGGCGCGGGUCUCGUGCACCUGAGGAAAAAAAAUAAAGAAGUCGCACUUAUCGUUAGCGUUAAGUAAGAGAGCGAAGAAGUCGGUUCCUACGUUGUCCUCGAGAUGUGUUUUGGCGCGAGAGACAUUAAGCGGAAGAUAGUCGCGCGAUUGUGUGUGUGUGUGAAGCGAUUUCAUAUCGCAAUCAUCCCGUCACGCGAAUAAUUCGGAUGCGCGAAUUUUUGAACGUUGCCGAAUAUUGCCGAAGAAACUACGCCCUACGGUUCACCCGUGCUCUUGGCAUCUUGCUCGUGCGCAGCGCGUAUAAAUGAAUUUUAUAGCCGCCUUGUUGGCCGAAUAAAUAAUAUAGACUUUUAUCGAGAUAAAGUCGAAUAUAUAUUUUUGAUAAAAUACUUGCAAGAUUGUGCAUUGCACCACACAAAUCAGUGUGUGCGGUAAAAUAUUUUCCUAACUUAUCUAAAAAUAUUUUCAAUCUUCCUAGAAUUUCGCAUAAAACUUUUGAUAUAAAGCAUUUUUCGAAACUAUGCCUUUUAUACAUUGUUAAAUAAUGUUAAUUGUCGUGUAUAUAUUGCAGGGGUAUGUCGAACUGAAUGCCGCGGGCACAAAAUGAUCGAUAUCGUUUAAUGCACUCGUCGAAUUAAUUCGUCACGGCGUCAAAAGUGCAAUCAGAUGAAACAUCAUUGCUCAAACGUCUAGGUACGAAGGUAGCUUGAUAAAACGAUUAGAUAGAUUAUCUCGAAGUAACGGACGUGCAAGACGUGUAAUUGAUUUAACGGGCGCGUUACAGUGACACAGUCUGACAUGUGAGAAAGCCGAGGGGAUGCGAGAUCCCGCGGUUUAAACACACACACAGUUUGUAUAAUUCGUUUCAAUAUAUUCAAUUACACGCAUUCUGCUGUCAGGCGCGACCGCGGCACGCCCGUAACGUAAUGCAAGUCGAACACGAUUGGCGUUACCUUUCGUAAAAAAAAAUGCUCUUAAUUUCCUACUACUAAUCAGCGCGCUUUAAUCGCGAGCGGAAACGAGUGCGCCUUUUAAGUCAGCCGUAGACGAAGUGUAGAUGUACGUAUAUUUUUGCGAACACUUAUAUUCCGGAACAUCUCUCUAGCGAUUUAGUUUAGAUAGAAUCUAUAGAAAAUUCGUACGUGCCGCCAGAUGAGCACGUAACUCGCGUUAACAAUUACCGCGUAUGUAUAUACGUUGCGCGUAUACGUUUUCAACGACGUACAUACACACGCAUGUCCAAAUUUGUAUCUAUUAUAUAUUUUUUAAGCAACUGUACCAUGUCAAUAAUAAUUGUAUAUUCUGUACGCACACACGUGACAUUUACUCUGGCUUUGAAAAAUACCUUGCGCUAUCACUUUACGAGUAGAUUUAAUUAAUUCAAGUGUGAUUUAAGAUUAACGUAAAUUAUAUUAUAUACUCUUUUCACAAAUUGUUUUCAUCGAGUAUUAGUUUUACUAAAAAUACAAUUUUAUUUAAAAACAAAUUUCUAUAAAUAAUUAAAAA